GGGGGCGAGCGCGGGGUGUGCGGGCGGGAAGCGAGGGGGCGGGGGGCCAGCCAGUGCGGAGCGCGGAGAGAAAAAGGCGCGAGCGGCCCAGAGGGCACGGACCGAACACCUUGCUGCCGCCGCCGCCGCCGAGCCGCCCUGUGUUUACUGAUCUAGCUCCAGGGCCAUCGCCAUGUCAAGCAGGGGCGGGAAGAAGAAGUCCACCAAAACCUCCAGGUCUGCCAAGGCAGGAGUCAUCUUCCCUGUGGGGCGGAUGCUGCGGUACAUCAAGAAAGGCCACCCCAAGUACAGGAUUGGAGUGGGGGCACCCGUGUACAUGGCUGCUGUCCUGGAGUACCUGACAGCGGAGAUUUUGGAGCUGGCUGGCAACGCGGCCAGGGACAACAAGAAGGGACGGGUCACACCUCGGCACAUCCUGCUAGCCGUGGCCAAUGAUGAGGAGCUAAAUCAGCUACUAAAAGGAGUCACCAUAGCCAGUGGUGGGGUGUUACCAAACAUCCACCCAGAGUUGCUAGCAAAAAAACGAGGAUCCAAAGGGAAGUUGGAAGCCAUCAUCACGCCACCCCCAGCCAAAAAGGCCAAGUCUCCAUCCCAGAAGAAGCCAGUGUCAAAGAAAGCUGGAGGCAAGAAAGGGGCCCGGAAAUCCAAGAAGAAGCAGGGAGAAGUCAGCAAGGCAGCCAGUGCCGACAGCACGACCGAAGGCACGCCCGCUGAUGGCUUCACAGUUCUCUCCACCAAGAGCCUCUUCCUCGGCCAGAAGCUGAACCUUAUUCACAGUGAAAUCAGUAAUUUAGCCGGCUUUGAGGUGGAGGCCAUAAUCAAUCCUACCAAUGCUGACAUUGACCUUAAAGAUGACCUAGGAAACACGCUGGAGAAGAAAGGAGGCAAGGAGUUUGUGGAAGCUGUCCUGGAGCUCCGGAAAAAGAAUGGGCCCUUGGAAGUGGCUGGAGCUGCUGUCAGUGCAGGACAUGGCCUGCCCGCCAAGUUUGUGAUCCACUGUAACAGCCCGGUCUGGGGUGCAGACAAAUGUGAGGAGCUGCUGGAAAAGACAGUGAAAAACUGCUUGGCCCUGGCAGAUGAUAAGAAGCUGAAGUCCAUCGCGUUUCCAUCCAUCGGCAGUGGCAGGAACGGUUUUCCAAAGCAGACAGCAGCUCAGCUGAUUCUGAAGGCCAUCUCCAAUUACUUCGUGUCAACAAUGUCAUCUUCCAUCAAAACAGUGUAUUUCGUGCUUUUUGACAGCGAGAGUAUAGGCAUCUACGUGCAGGAAAUGGCCAAGCUGGACGCCAACUAGGCUGAGGAACUACGAACCGCACCGUGCCCCCUGCCUCCAAUUUGAAAGAAAGAAAAAAAACAAAAACAAACAAAAAAAAAACCCUUCACUCCUAUUGGGAGGUGGGAACCCUUUCGUUUUCAAUUUUGCUCAUCUAGGGAAAAUAAGGUUUUGGUUUCCAGUUUAAUUGUUUCGACCUAAAAUGUUUUCACGUUAGCACUGAUAGUUGGCAUUACUGUUGUUAAGCACUGUGUUCCAGACUGUGUCUGACUUGAGUGUGACCUAGGAGAUUUUAUUGUUUUAUUUUAACGAAGCCCUGCUUGCCGCAGAGCAGCCGGGAGAGCAGCGUCCACCAGGGUGGCCGAACCCAGGAAGCCCGCUUUGUAACCGUGUGUCGUGGUGCUUUAUUGUACACCCAGUGGCGUUCUUUUUACUAUAAUGUUCCUUUUUUCCUCAAGAAGAAAAAUCAUGAAUAUACCGCAGACUUAAUUUUUGUUUACUUUUUUGUCUUAAUGAUGGAUUUGAAAAUGGAAGAUUUAAAAGGCAGAACAGAAUCUGUUGCCCUUAAUUAUAUUUGGAAUUUGUGUGAAUUGAUUUAGUAAAAUGUUACACUGUU